AUGCUUUCAUACGUCUCCAUUGCUGUUAUUCUUGCUGCUUAUGUUGCUCCUUCCGUCGCCACUCCUCCAGCUUGUCUCUUGGCCUGUGCUGCAGAAGUCAUCAAGGCUUCUUCCCAAUGUAACCAAUUGAACGAAAUCAACUGUGUUUGUUCCAACGAGGCAUCCUCCAUCCAAUCCUGUCUUCAAUCGAAGUGUCCAAACGGUAACGCAGACACCGCAUACACCUCCUUCAAAAACGUAUGUAAGGAACAAGGUGUCGAUGUCAAUGGUAACAGUUCUUCUGCUAAACCUUCCUCUUCCUCCUCUUCUGCAAAGCCAUCCUCAUCCUCCUCUGCACAGCCAUCCACCACUUCUUCUUCUUCUUCUUCUUUCUCUUCUGCAGAACCAUCUUCCUCUGUUACUCCAACUACUUUCGAAGAACCAACUACUUCUGUUGCUCCAACCACUUCCGAAGAACCAACUUCCUCUGUUGCUCCAACCACUUCCGCAGAACCAACUUCCUCUGUUGCUCCAACCACUUCCGCAGAACCAAGUUCCACUAUUGUCACUUCCACCUCUGCAGAACCUGUUCCAACUUACGAUCCUUCCAUCUCCUCCGGUAACUUUGCAGCAGCACUCCAAUACAAUGGUUUAUUAGGUGCUGCAGCUUUGGCGGUUGUCAACUUAAUCUAA